UAGCGCUCCAUAAUGUACAUAACUUGUAGCGCAUUUUUCGUAUUUAGGCAACACUGCUAAAGUGACACUUCAUUUAAAAGAAAAAAGUCAUUAGCUUAAACGAUUGUUAUGGAAGAGGAUUUUCAAAUCGAAUAUAUGUCGCUGCCACUUGAAGAUCUCCAGGAUCAUUAUGGGACAUUGUUUGAGCGUUAUCGACAAAUGCACGAUGAAGCAGAGGAGGACAUACAGCGUAUCCACGAAAUGAAACGUAAUUUGGAAACAGCUUAUGCCGCCGAAAAUUACCUCUCGCAGGAAAUUGAGGAGCUCAUGCAAACUCUUGCCUCCAUUGAAAAGGACAAUAAGGGACAAACAAAAGUAGAUACAGAGUUAGAAGAUUUACGCCGACAACAUCACACAUUAACCACGGACUACACUACGUUGCAGCAGGACUAUGCUACGUUGAGUGCGGAGAAUGUCGAAAUGCGAAGAGAGCUAGAAACGGUAAAAUCAUCAAAAAGAUUAAGCACAUCAUCGAUGGUUAAUGCUGGAACAGAAGAGCUCACCAACCGUAUAGCAACGUUGGAAGGAGAAAACUUUUCUUUGAUGCAAAAGUUGGAGGAAUUCCAGGAGAGUAUGGUGCGACAAACACUGAUAUUGGCAGAAAGAGAGAGUAAUAUUGAAGUUUUACGUGAUCAAGUAACAUGUUUGGAGGAAAAUUUGCGUUCGAAACGUGAGGAUUUAGAUGAAAAGACAACUUUGCUUGAAAGCACGCAAGAACAUUUAGCAGAAGCUAACGCAAAACUUGCCAUGUUGGAAACAAAACCAGAAGGUGUUGAUCGCAAAGGCAACUCGCUUUUCGCCGAAGUGGAUGAUCAACGACAGGCAAUGAAAAAACUUCUAGCUGCACAAAAGAAAAGCUACAUUGAUAUGAAAAAAAUGUGCAAUGACAGUCAAUCAGAAAUACGACGAUUGAAGCGGGAGAAUAUUGCAAUGCAUACAGAGCUUAAGGAGUGCACUUCAAUUUUCUGUUCAGCAGACCGCACAUAUCAGAACAGGCUAAACGAUCGUAUACGCCAACUACUGUGUCAAGUGGAAGGAUUAGAAAAGCAAUUAAAAGUAUCACAGAGUCGUCUAAGUGACUUAGCCAACGAAAAAGGUGUUGAAUGGUUGGAUUCAAUGUUAAGUUUCUGCAAACAUGAAACUGAUGAACUCAAGAAACAACUUCAUAGUGUGCGAAUACAAAAAGCCAGUUUGGAAGAACAGCUCCGCAAUGUUCAACAGCAGAUGACAAGAUGGCGUUUCGAAGCAUUAAAAACACGUUGUGUACUGCUCGAUAGAGAGGAUAUAUUGACUGAAAAGGGAAUUGCGUUUAAACCUAUUCGUGCAAUAGAGUUUAAUAUUGACCAGAAAGAACAGGAGACUGCUCGACCUCGUAUUGUGCACGCAUCACCUGGCACUCCACAAUAUAAGUCCGCCAAGGAGAGAGAACCACAAAUACUUAGCACCCCAUUAGGACAACAAACUAUUCAGAAUGGGAAUGGAUCAGAAAUAUAUAACACACGAGAACAAGAAGAACAAAAAGAAAAUCAAAAUGACUUCAUCACGUCAAAUGAUGAAAAUAUUGGAACCCCACAAAAGCAGCAGAAACCGACUAUUUCACUGAAGGCAAAACCAAGUUUCCAUAAUUAUUUGCGCGAGAGUAAUAGCAACAGUAGUUCUUUGGCAAACGAACUGCAGAUGGCACCACCAAAGAAUUCCAAAAGGCAACCCCCCGCACUGGAUGCUCAACCGGGACCUUCGAUUCUAUCGAAGAAAAGUGAUACACUCACCAGUGAUGAAAAUAACCAGAAGAAUGUGCAGUUUAGUGCGCAAGGUCCCACUGUGCACGACAUCAGUGCAAAUGUCAGUAUUGGUUCAGAGAGUACUAUUGAUGGUUCGAAUAAAGAAGACAAUCCCAAAGCCUUCAUUAAAGAGGUACGAAAGAAACCCAAUGUUAUUAUUCGUCACAUUGUGGUGCCAUCCAAACGUAAACCACAAUAAACCAAACACAUUUUUGUUCUUAUUAUUAAGUCAGUUAUUUAUAUUUGCAUACAGUAAGUAACUAAACUGUUCAGGAAUACAUAUAUGAAAAAAUAAAAUGAUAUACAUUCACAAUCACAUCCAUGAAGUGAAAUCAA